AUGAGUUCAUCAAUCGGCAGCGAGCAGCACAGAAAGAUCGUCUUCACAGCGAAAUGCAUCGACAACCAAUCCAAAGCGGUAAUCACGUUGCAAGAGCACAAAGAUCCUACAAAAACGCCCUUUUUGAUCAAUGUGUCGAAACAACCUCUCCUUCCGCAAUCUCUAGAUGAUUCACCCGAGCAGCGCGAAACGCACAUCAUCCUUUCCGUUGGUUCCGGUGACCGAAGUGCACAAGACUUCUUCUCCAAUGUCGUACGUCCGAUUCUCGAGGCCAUACACGGCGAGGAAGUGGUAAAGGGAAUGGAAAUACACACCACAAAAUCAGCCACCAGCAUAUUGGAACUCACAGACAAAGUUUUGUUUCCAGCCGCCAACGAGGGUAGACCAAUUCGCGUCAUCCUUCUCUCAGGAGAUGGUGGUGUUGUCGACCUCGUAAACGGUCUUUCAUCCAAUACACCAAAUUCCCAAACGUAUAUCCCACCCCAAGUCGUACUUCUGCCCCUAGGCACAGCAAACGCGCUCUACCACUCGAUUAACGCUGGAGCAAACAAUACAUGGGGUCUACCCGCCCUCGCAUCAUGGUCAGCAAAACCCCUGCCUACUUUCACAGCUACCUUUUCCCCUGGCGCACGUCUUCUCACGGACGAAGCCCGCCAAGAAGAAGAAUUACCGAAAGAUGAGCAUGGUAAUGGUAUCCUCCAUGGCGCGGUAGUGGCUAGCUGGGGCAUGCACGCCUCCCUCGUCGGCGACAGCGACACAGCCGAGUACCGCAAACACGGUGUCGAGCGCUUCAAGAUGGCAGCAAAAGAAGCAUUGUACCCUGCUGAUGGCUCACCACCACACCCUUACAAAGGCAAGAUCUCCAUCCUCCAAAACGGUGUUCAGUGGAUCGCCCUGCCUGAAGAAGAGCAUAUGUACGUUCUCGCCACUAUGGUCUCGCAUCUCGAACAGCCGUUUUGCAUCUCACCUGCUACUAAACCGCUAGACGGUAGUAUGCAUCUUGUAUAUUUUGGGCCGAGGAGUGGUGAUGAAAUCAUGGGUAUCAUGGGCAAAGCGUACCAGGGUGGUUUGCAUGUUGAAGAAGAGGAUGUGAGGUAUGAGAGUAUUGAUGGACUGAGGAUCGAGUUUGAAGGCAGAGAGGACGAUGGCAGAUGGAGGCGGAUCUGUGUUGAUGGGAAGAUUGUAAGAGUUGAAGGGAAUGGAUGGGUCGAGGUCAGGAGGGUUCAUGGAGAGAAGGGCGGGGUCAGUGUUUUGGAUGUUGUUGUAUCGUAG